AAGAUGAACUCUCAGCCCUUCCCUGGCCUGGCCUUUGAGAUGGACUACAUGGUUCGGAUUGUUCCUUUCCCCACCUUCAUGAAUGACAGCUUCUUCCCUCCGUCCUUCCUGCGCACCAACUCCUGUGAAGUGCUUCUGGGACCCGACAACCUCGUCUGCAAACCAUUCUGGAAGCCCAAGACCCUCAACAUCUCUCAGCGGGGCACCAACCUCCAUGUUGUCUUUGACCACGCCCCUUCCACCUUUGGCUUCACCGUUUACUACCUGUACUACAAACUACGACAGGAGGGACCCUUCAGGCUCAAACGCUGCAAACCGGAGUUAAAUCUGCCCAAAACAACAUGUGUUCUUCAAGAUGUGAUACCAGGAACCUAUGCGAUUGAGCUGCGAGAUGACACCAACACCACCAGGAGACAGGCCCAGUACCACGUGAGCCAAGCCCACUCCCCGUGGGCAGGUCCUAUCAGAGCCAUGGCCAUCACUGUUCCUCUGGUCAUCAUUUCUGCCUUUGCUACACUCUUCACCGUCAUGUGCCGCAAGAAACAACAAGAGAACAUCUACUCCCAUCUGGACGAGGAGAGCUCUGAGUCAUCGUCUCACACCACAGCUCUGAAUGCAGACAGGCCCUGGCCCCGGACCAAGGUGUUUGUCUGCUACUCCACUAAGGACUGCCCCAAACACCUCGCUGUCAUACAGAGCUUCGCCUUCUUCCUCCAGGACUUCUGUGGCUGUGAGGUGACUCUGGACCUAUGGGAGCACCUGCAGAUCUGUAAGGAGGGCCAGAUGUCCUGGCUGAGCCGGCAGAUAGAUGAGGCUCACUACAUCAUCACUGUCUGCUCCAAGGGCCUCAAGUACUACGUAGAGAAGAAAAACCGCAGAGGGAAAUCACCAGCCAGAACUUGCCCUGGAGCAGCUGCAGCAGCGAAUGGAGCAGAGCUCUUCAUCGUUGCCGUGGCAAUGAUCGCAGAGAAGCUUCGCGAGGGGUGCCAGAAAGACCAGGACCUGUCUCGUUUCAUGGCCAUCUACUUCGACUACUCCCACGAGAGCGAUGUCCCCACCAUGCUGAGCCUGGCUCCCAAGUUCAAGCUCAUGGAUCAGCUCCCUCAGAUGUUCAGCCUCCUCCACUCUCGACAGCUCAGUUUACCAGAGCGUGAACAGCAGCCUCUCAACAUCAGCAAGAGGAACUACUUCCGGAGCAAGUCGGGGCGGUCUCUAUACGUAGCCAUCUGUAACAUGCACCAGCACAUUUCUCUGGAGCCUGAUUGGUUCGAGAGGCAGCUGAUGCCUGCCCCCCCAGCCCCGCCUCCGAAGCAGCGUGAUGCUGCCGGAACGUCUUCAUCAUCAUCACCUCACAUGGGGAAGUUUGACUCUGGGCUGGUGCUCAAUGAGGUUCUGUUUAAGUUGCCAUCAGAAAGUGAGAGUACUCUGAAGAGGAAUGUGCUGCUCACGUCUCUCCCACCCAACCUCAGUCUGGCCCACUGCUCCCUGGACAGACCUGUGGGGCCUGGGCCCGGCUCCAGCCUCUCUCAGGGGGAGAUCGGGGGGCUGUCUGGGGCCUCAUCUGGUCUGGGUCCUCUGGGUCUGGGGUCUCUGAGGCCUGUGGUCCCUCCCCAGGCUGGGGACGGCUCGGCCAGUCCUCCAGAGAUGCCCAGGGACUCGGGGAUCUAUGAUUCAUCAGUGCCUUCCUCUGAGCUGUCCAUCCCCCUCAUGGAGGGCCUGUCACCUGACCAGGCUGACUCCUCCUCUCUGGCCGAAAGCGAAUCAUCUUCUUCCGGACUGGGUGAUGAGGAGCCACCUGCUGUCAGCUCUCUGCGCUGCGCCAUGGCAACCAUCUGUAAAGCUGAGCUCCACCAACAACAUCUAAAGCAGUCUGAAGGACUGGGGCUCCCUCCUGUUCCUGUUGCUCCCUUGUAG